AUGGAGUCCUCCUGGCUUGAGACGCGCUGGGCGCGGCCUUUCUACCUGGCGUUCGUGUUCUGCCUGUCCCUGGUGCUGCUGCAGGCCAUCAAGCUCUACCUGCGGAGGCAGCGGCUGCUGCGAGACCUGCGCUUCUUUCCCGCGCCCCCUACCCACUGGCUCUAUGGGCACCAGAAGUUUCUUCAGGAAGAUGAAAUGGAGAAACUCGAGGAGCUUGUAGAAAAAUACCCUUGUGCCUUCCCUCACUGGAUUGGACCCUUUCAGGCAUUUCUCUAUAUCUAUGACCCGGACUAUGCAAAGACCUUUCUAAGCAGAACAGAUCCCAAGUCCCAGCUCCCAAAUAGGUUCUUCAGUCCACGUAUUGGACAAGGACUAUUGAAUCCAGAUGGAGCCAAGUGGUUCCAGCACCGCUGCCUGCUAAUGCCCGGAUUUCACCUUAACACCCUGAAACCAUAUGCUGAGGUGAUGGUCCAUUCUGUGAACACGAUGCUGGAUAAGUGGGAGAAGAUGUUAGUCACUCAGCACACAACUGUGGAGGUCUUUGAACACAUCAACUUGAUGACCCUGGACAUACUCUUGAAAUGUGCUUUCACCCAGGAGACCAACUGCCAGAUAAAUGGCACCAGUGACCCUUAUGUAAAAGCAAUGUUUGAACUCAACAAAAUCAUCUUUUAUCGCAUGUACAAUUUCUUGGAUCACUGUGACAUAAUUUUCAAUUUCAGCCCUGAAAGUCACCGCAUCCAGGAGUUAAGCCAAGUGCUACAUCAGUAUACAGAAAAGAUAGUCCAAGACAGAAAGAAAUCCCUCCAAGAUGAGAGGAAGCAGGAUGAUACUCAGAGGAGGAAGUACCAAGAUUUUCUGGAUAUUAUCCUUUCUGCCCAGGCUGAAAAUGAAGACAGCUUCUCAGAUACUGACCUGUGGUCUGAGGUGAACACAUUCAUAUUGGCAGGGCAUGACACCACAGCAGGGAGCAUCUCCUGGCUACUCUACUGCCUGGCUCUGAACUCUGAACACCAACAGAGAUGCCGAGAAGAAAUCAGGGACAUCCUGGGAGAUGAGUCUUCCAUCAUCUGGGACCACCUGGGCAAGAUGUCAUAUACCACAAUGUGCAUCAAGGAGGCGCUCCGAUUGAUCCCGCCAAUCCCAUCCAUUUCCAGAGAACUCAGCAAGCCCAUUACCUUCCCAGAUGGACGUUCUUUGCCUACAGGAAUGAAUGUGGUUCUCAGUAUUUGGGGUCUUCACCACAACCCUGCCAUCUGGGAAAACCCAAAGGUCUUUGACCCCUCAAGGUUCUCUCCAGAGAAUUCUGAUCAGAGACACUCUCAUGCCUUCUUACCAUUCUCAGCUGGUCCAAGGGACUGCAUCGGACAGCAGUUUGCCAUGAUUCAGCUAAAGGUGGCUGUGGCCUUGAUUCUGCUCCACUUUGAGGUGACUCCAGAUCCCACCAGACCUCCCAUCUUAUCACCUCAAAUUGUCCUCAAAUCUAAGAAUGGGAUCCACUUGUGUCUGAAGAAAAUAACCUAA